CCGUUUUCCUCCCUUUUUAUUCAUCUUCAUUUUCUUUCGAAAAUAAAUUCCUCUGUUUGCAAGAAGGAAAAAAGAGAGAAGAAAAGAAAAAACAAUGAUUCUCAAAGCAGUUACUUCUUCUAAGCUCGUUCUCUUCGCCGUUGGUGCCGGCGAAGGCUCGCAUUUCGGUCCGCCGUCGAGUCAGUUGGUUUCCUUCCGCCGCCGGUUCAUCGGAAACACCGGUGCCGUUGUGGUUUGCGCCGCGAAGGGCGCAUCCAGCAGCGGCAACAGAACCAUAACUGGAGUGGUUUUCGAACCGUUCGAAGAGGUGAAGAAGGAGCUCGAGCUAGUUCCAAAUGGUUCUCAAGUCUCUUUAGCUCGCCACAAGUACGUUGAUGAAUCUGAAGCUGUGGUUAACGAGCAAAUCAAUGUGGAGUACAACGUAUCAUACGUUUAUCAUGCAAUGUUUGCGUACUUCGACAGGGAUAAUGUCGCGCUCAGGGGUCUUGCUAAGUUUUUCAAGGAAUCGAGUGACGAGGAAAGAGAGCAUGCUGAGAAAUUGAUGAAAUAUCAGAACAAAAGGGGUGGAAGGGUGAAGUUGCAGCCUAUAGUGAUGCCGCUUUCUGAGUUUGAUCAUGAAGAGAAGGGAGAUGCACUCCAUGCAAUGGAACUCGCUCUAUCGUUGGAGAAGCUUGUGAAUGAGAAGCUCCUUCACUUGCACAGUGUUGCCUCCAAGAACAAUGAUGUUCAGUUGGCAGAUUUCGUGGAAACCGAGUAUUUGGGUGAACAGUUGGAAGCCAUCAAAAGAAUUGCUGAAUAUGUCGCUCAGCUCAGAAGAGUUGGGAAAGGACAUGGUGUGUGGCACUUUGAUCAGAUGCUUCUCAACGAGGGAGGAGCUGCAUGAACACGAUGGAUCAGAUGCUUCUCCAUGAGGGAGGAGCUGUAUGAACACGAUGGAGUCAGUACUUUGUAGUUUACAUCUUGAAGUUUUAUAAUUCCCUGCUUUUCUUAUCCUAUGUACCUAUCUAGUUCAUUAGGGAUCUUCAAUGUGUCUUACUAGAAUGUGGAACUGAACUAUGACUGAGUUUAUAAAAUAAAUGUGAACCAGUGUGCUUGUUAAUCGUUA